AUGGAGGGAGGAACAGAUAUCUACUUGCAUCACAAGAGUCUCUUGAAAGAGCUCAGUAUACUAAAAAUCCAAGAAGAAUACAUCAAGGACGAGCAACGUCACUUGAAGAGGGAAUUGAUCAGAGCUCAAGAAGAAGUCAAGAGAAUCAAAUCGGUGCCGUUGGUGAUUGGGCAGUUCCUAGAGCCAAUUGACGAAAACACCGGAAUUGUGUCGUCUACAACGGGGUCCAACUACGUGGUGCGUAUCUUGUCCACCUUGGACCGCGAGUUGUUGAAACCUUCCUCGUCGGUGGCAUUGCAUCGCCACUCCAACGCCUUGGUUGACAUUUUGCCGCCCGAGGCCGACUCAUCGAUAUCCAUCGUGGGCGAGAAUGAAAAACCAGACGUUACGUAUGCCGACAUUGGUGGUCUAGAUAUGCAAAAGCAGGAAAUCAUCGAGUCUGUCGAAUUGCCCUUGGAGCAAGCACACUUGUAUAGCCAGAUCGGUAUUGACCCACCACGAGGUGUGCUUUUGUACGGACCCCCAGGUACCGGUAAGACCAUGUUGGUGAAGGCGGUAGCCAACGCCACCAAGGCUGCGUUUAUCAGGAUCAACGGGUCUGAGUUUGUGCAGAAAUAUCUCGGUGAAGGGCCAAGAAUGGUGAGAGAUGUGUUUAGAUUGGCUAGGGAAAACUCGCCAGCAAUCAUUUUCAUAGAUGAAAUUGAUGCUAUCGCGACAAAGAGAUUUGAUGCUCAAACGGGCGCCGAUCGUGAGGUUCAAAGAAUCUUGUUGGAGUUGUUGAACCAAAUGGACGGGUUUGACCAAACGUCCAACGUGAAAGUUAUCAUGGCUACAAAUCGAGCAGACACAUUGGAUCCUGCAUUGUUGAGACCUGGGAGAUUGGAUAGAAAAAUCGAGUUCCCCAAUUUGAAGGACAGGAGAGAGAGGAGAUUGAUUUUUACUACUAUUGCUUCGAAGAUGUCGCUUGCGCCUGAAGUAGAUUUGGACUCGUUGAUCAUAAGGAACGAUCCGUUAUCUGGAGCGGUGAUUGCGGCAAUCAUGCAAGAAGCUGGCUUGAGAGCAGUGAGAAAGAAUAGGUAUAUGAUAUUACAAAAUGAUCUCGAAGAAGCAUACAGUUCGCAAGUCAAGACGGGCACGGAGCACGAUAAAUUUGAAUUCUACAAAUAG